CAGUUUCUAAGAAAUGGUUUGAAUAUGCAGAUGAGAACAUGACUUAAAGCGGGGUGAACGGACCGUUCACUCAGACAUCUUCUGAAACAUCAGGAUCAUCAGGUCUACAGUGAAGUCAACAUGAAGACUCUCAGCCUGACAGUGGGACUGCUGCUCGUGCUGUUCACCGUUUACCACAGCGAUGCCUCUAAGGCAGUGAUUUCACCUGACCUUUGCUGUUUUCACUUCUUUGACAAACGGAUCCCAAAGGCGAACAUCGUCUCCAUCAUGAAAACUCACAGUCAGUGCUCCACACCAGCAUUUGUGAUCAAGACACCCAGAAGGCUUUUGUGUGUGAAACAGACUGCAGAGUGGGCAAAGGAACAAUUUGUCAAACAAGAGAGAGGAACAACUGAACCAAUGCCACAGUCAACAGCUCAAACAUCUUUCAUGACUCCGAUGAAUGCUACAAGCCGAAAUGCAUCAGUCACUCCAUGAAGUUGCUUCAUAAACUUUUUAUUUUUUGCAUCAUCACAAUAUCAGUCUAAUAAUUUGUGGAUUAUGUUAAACCUCGGAUAAAUAAAUUUCAGUAUUUAGUAUAUGAACAAAACUAUUGGGGCACAUCUGAAUCUUUGAAUUCAGGUCUUUUCAGUCUUUUUGCCACAGGUGUAUAAUAUCCACCAAAAUGCGAUGCAGUCUGUACAAACACUUGUGAACGACUGAGUUGUGUCAUGUUGACCCAUCUUGAUGUGACAAUAUCUCAAAGAGCUUCAUCUGAUGAGGAAAGUUUAUAAUGCAACAAUAUGCAAAAAACAUGUAUUCAAUCAUUUGCUUUCACUAUGCAAUUUAAACUCUGUAUUGUUUUGCUUCAUUCUGCAUUAAAGUUUCAUUUCACAAAACUUAGCGACUUCAUCUGACAGUGAAUGUAAAAGUAUGUGUGGUUUGUGGCUCAGCUCAGGGGAGGGGUGGAGCAGCGGGUUGACCCACACAGCUGUUCUCUAUCACCGGGUCACGCCUUCCCCAUUUCGCAAGGACGCUGGGACCUGACGAGAGAGCGGUGAGGUGUGCUGAGCCAGAGAAGGCAGCUGAAAAACUCAAUUUUUGACACAUCCUUGUGUCAAAAAUCCUUAUUAAAUAAAAGAGCUGUCAAUGAAUAACGUCGUGUGCAUGGUGGAAUCAUUUUUAUGUCACUGUGUAUUGCUUUGCUUCAUUCUUCAUUAAAGUUUUAUUUCACAAAG